AUGAGUAUUUGGACAGAAUCAGCAUUCCUGAAAUUGAACUCUGUGGCAAUAACAGCAAUAUCAAAAUAUCUAAAUGUAUUUUCAAUUGGAGUAAUAACAAAACUACUGAUGGUUGUAGCUCAGAAA